AUGCCCCCUCGUCACAUUGACAACAAUCUCCGUUACAUCGGUGGCCUCACACGUGUUCUCGCUGCCGAUGCCUUCAUUUCCUUUGUAGGUGUUAAUUGCCGGACGAAGGUGUUCAACGAUUGUGAGAAGAACGAAGAUGAUGAAGAUUUCUCUUUCACAUGCACCAACCCCAAUGGAUCCCCGAUUUCCACCGACGAUAUAUUCCAAAAUGCCCAAAUUCGUUUGGUGUUCCCGAUUUUCAACAGGGAUCUCCUGUUCGUCGAUGUCAACGAAGACGAUUCUUCCAGAGCCAAAGGGGUUGCCGCUUCGUCUUCUUCUCUGCGACCGCCAUUGAAGAAGCUCUUCUUUGAAGAGCGGGAUACGCUGACCUCGGCAAUGUCAUUUUACAACUCAGGAGGUGGACUUGGGUCCUAA